GCUUCCACGCCGUAAAAGGCGGCGUCCUCCCGGCCAAGGAUCGCCUCCACGUGCACCGUCGCCCGGAGGUUCACGAACACGUUGUCCUUCGUCUUGGAUCUGAUGAUUUGGUGCUCCUGCAGCCGCAUGGACAACAUCCCGGCCAUAUACGUCUACGGAAAAAUGCAGUGACAGCCGGGCACCGCAGUUCCGAGGUACCCGCCGCACGCCUCCAGCAGCGCCACAUCCGACUACUCCACGGAGGUGCAGCAGAAGCACUGGCCCAUUUCCACUUCCUUCAAUCCGCCGCGAUCAACCGUGUGGCCGCCCCGCGCCCCCCUUUGUUCCCCUCUGUGGUCCACGCGCGACUACCCUGA